AAAAAACAACCCCAUGCAGGCAGACAGCACAGCCACUUUCUUAAAAGGUCUCAAAACCAUUUCACCUACAAAUCCUCACGCUGGACACCUUCACUGUCAGGGGCACAUAUCUCUUCUGCCUCUCACCUUCGGGCAUGCGCAUAUGCGAACUCACAACAAAAAGCAUCUCCCAGCACAACUUCACAAAUACAGGCCAGGUUCCUCCUCAAUAGCUAACAACAAUUCUUUUAAAUCACGGCAGGAGGUCGCUCUAAGAGCAGAGGUAGCCACCGUGCCAAUUCUAAAAUCUGUCUUGAAAGGUCUCUGAAAUUUGAAUCCCAGCCAACCGUGCAUUUUUGGCGUCACGCCAGCCCCUGAGGAAAGGUUCAGCUCUCUGGCUCUUCCGGUCGGACUACGUUUCCCACAGGACCCUGCUGCCUAAGGUACUUCCGGUAGGAGCUUCAGUGAAAAGGUCCAGUGGUGAAAGGCAGGUUAGGUCCGGAUGGUAGGGCUGGACAGCGGCUUUUGCUGGAAUCUGAAUCAGAAUUUGAAUCAGAACCUUUUUUGAGGAUGCCAAAGCAGCAUCUUCUUUGGACUGAGUUUCUUUUGAGUGGAACCAAGAGGAAGACUAAUUAAUACAUUCAAUUCUGAAAUAAACCAUGGCUCAUGGGCUGGUGAUGUUCAGAGAUGUGGCUGUAGAUGUUUCUCAGGAGGAGUGGGAAUGCCUGAACCCUGCACAGAAGAAUUUGUACAAAGAUGUCAUGUUGGAGAACUAUAGCAACUUGGCUUCACUUGGACUUUCUAUUUCUAAGCCAGCUCUGAUCUCCUCAUUGGAGGAAGGGAAGGAGCCCUGGAUGGUUGUAACGGAAGUGACAGGAAGACGGUGCCCAGACUUGGAAUCCAGAGAUGAGCCCAAGAAGUUAUAUUCAAAAAGAGACAUUUAUGGGACAGAAUCAUCCCAAUGGGUUAUCAUGGAACACUUUAAAAGCCAUAGUGCUGAGAGACCCAUUUUCAAAGAUGUUUUGGAAUGCAAAUGUCAUUUUGAGCAACAACAGGAGGGCUAUUGCAGGCAAUUUAUUAUCAACCAUAAAAAUAUGCCCAUGUUUUCCCAACCUACUUUACUCACUCAAGAAUUUUAUAAUAGAGACAAAAUCUUGGAAUAUAAAAAAUGUAGAGAAAACUUUAGUUACCAUUUAGUUUUCAGCCAUCAGAAAACUCAUUCUAAAGAACUUUAUAAAUGUAUGAAAUGCACAGAAAUUAAUACACCUUUUCUUAUUAAACAACAGAGAAUUCAAAACGGUAAUAAAUGUAAAGAAUAUUGGAAAGCCUUUAUUCAGUGUUCACAACUUAAACAACACUUGAGAAUUCAUAAUGGCAAAAAACGCUAUGAAUGUAAAGAAUGUGGGAAGGCCUUUAAUUAUGUCUCAGAACUGACUCUACACCAGAGAAUUCACACUGGUGAGAAACCCUAUGAAUGUAAGGAAUGUAGGAAGGCCUUUAGACAGCGAUCACAACUCACUCAACAUCAGAGACUUCAUACUGGAGAAAAACCCUAUGAAUGUAAGCAGUGUGGGAAAGCUUUUAUUCGUGGCUUUCAACUUACUGAACAUCUGCGACUUCAUACUGGUGAAAAACCCUAUGAAUGUAAAGAAUGUAGGAAGACUUUCAGGCAUCGCUCACACCUUAGCAUACAUCAAAGAAUUCACACUGGUGAGAAGCCUUAUGAAUGUAGGGAAUGUGGAAAGGCCUUUAGCUAUCACUCAAGCUUCUCUCACCAUCAGAAAAUUCAUUCUGGCAAGAAACCUUAUGAAUGUAAUAACUGUGGGAAGGCCUUUUGUGAUGACUUACAACUUACCCUACAUCGGAGGAUUCACACUGGUGAGAAACCUUAUGAAUGUAAGGAAUGUGGGAAGACUUUUAGACAGUGUUCACACCUCAGAAGACAUCAGCAAAUUCAUACUGGUGAGAAACCUCAUGAUUGCACGAUAUGUGGUAAGGCAUUUAGACUUCAUUCACACCUUACUCAACAUAAAAGAAUUCAUACUGGGGAGAAACCUUAUGAAUGUAGGGAAUGUGGAAAAGCCUUUAGCUAUCAUUCAAGCUUCUCACAUCAUCAGAGAAUGCACUCUGAAAAGAAAUCUUAUGAAUGUGUCAAGACCUUCGAUCAUGGCUUACAACUUAGUCUACAUCAGACGCUUCAUAUUGAUGAGAAACCAGUAAGGUUUCCUCUUCUUCCACAUCCUAGCCUAGCAUCAUGAAAUUCUUUUUGAAGAUAAUUGAUUUGCUUUGUUUUCUUCAAGGAAGAAGUUGAUAAAACAUUGUGUAUUAUUAAAAUUGAUAUAGAUACAAAA